AUGUCCUCCUCAGCUUUUCCAUCUUCCAUCCCCUUCCCUUCAGAAACCGAAAGUUCGCAAAUGCCACCCGCUAGAUCAAAAUCACACUCGCAAACUGGGACGUUGGCGACAAGCGGAGCAGGCCAAUCCGUCGCUGGUACUGCUGGUGUAACGAAGCCAAAACAAAGCAAAAGCAGGAACGGCUGUGUAACCUGUAAAGCAAAGAGACUGAAAUGCGACGAAACAAAGCCGACUUGCCUACAAUGCGAGAAACGAGGUGUUCCUUGUGGAGGGUAUAAAAAGGAUUUCAAAUGGAGGGCAUUCGAAGAGUCAGAUCUAACUGGGAAGGGUUCAAAAUCUCGCCCAAAACCCCUCUCGAGUCUUCCAGCCAAGCCAAAGCGAGGGAUAUCCUCAGGGCCCUCUAGCCCCGCAUUGUCCGAGGCCUCCUUGGGUUCCAUACACUCCCCUCUCCAGUCACCACUCCCCCUAACGCCUUUAAACACACAAUUUGACUCUCCUCCAACACCACCUCUUCACCACCUUUACGCCUCAAGCAUGUACCCGCUCGGGAACCUCGAUAAUACCUUUAUUCAAAACCCACCUUUCUCUGGGGCUGAAGUGCCUCGAUCUCAUCCUGCUUACAUGGACGAAGAGAGGAGAGCAUCUAUUUCCCCGAGACUAGAGGAUCUCUUGAUUCCAGGAAGUAUAUUGAACAGGCCAAUACCAUUACCAGAGUAUGGCGAAUUCGUACGCAGCAUGUCGUAUCAACCUACCGGCAUGGACCUCGGAAUGACAAUGCCUACAGAUGAUGACCAAGUCGAAGAGGUUCCAAGAAAUUUCCUCGAAGGUGGCUGGGGUGUCUCUGAUGAUUCCUCAAGCGCCAACUAUCAGACCUUGUCAGAUAUCUUUCGAAGGCCUCGUGUUGAUAUCAGCAGCUCUGAGAUGCUGAUAAUGCAUUUCGAUAAACAAACUUGUGGCAUCAUGUCGAUCAAAGACGGCCCAACAGAAAAUCCAUGGAGGACAUUAAUCUGGCCGCUUGCGACCCAGAUUCCCGCUCUCCGCCACGCAAUUUACUCGAUGACAGCCUUCCACAUGUCGCACUGCAGGCCAGAGAUGAGAAUGCAAGGUAUGGAACACAUGAAGCACAGCAUCAAACAUCUCGCCGCAGGCCUGAACACCGGGGAUAUACUCCCAGAAGCUGCAUUCGCAACAACUCUCGCUUUAGCUUUCGCAGAGGAAUGGGACAGACAUAUCUCUACUGGAAUUGAACAUUUGCGCGGAGCAAAAGUCUUAGUCAAUCAAGCGCUAGUCAGGUAUCAGAAUUACCCAAUUACUAGCACCGAGAUCUCAAGACUUAGAUUUCUCUACAAUACCUGGGUUUACAUCGAUGUGCUCGCCCGCCUCACUUCAAAUAAUGACGAUGAGUCUCAAUCAUUUGAGACUAUCUCACCACUCCUUAGCGCCCCUAUGAUGAUGUCGUCUGAGAUCGACCCACUGAUGGGAUGUGCUACCACAUUAUUCCCACUGAUUGGAAGAUGCGCAUCACUGGCAAAACGUGUUAGGAAAAGCAAGAAGAAUAGCGUCACAAUCAUCACAAUGGCACUUGAACUCAAGACAGCCAUUGAAAACUGGCAGCCAGAUGCUAUUUACGAACCAAUCGAGGACCAAACAUCAAAUAUCGACCAUUGUAUUCAAACCGCUGAGGCUUACAGAUGGGCAACGCUUCUCUACUUACACCAAGCAGUUCCAGAGAUCCCGUCCCCCUCGGCCCAUGAAUUGGCCGAAAAAGUCAUGUGCACAAUCGCAUCGAUUCCUACCACCUCUAGGACAUGUAUCGUCCAUGCAUUCCCCCUUCUCGCAGCAGGAUGCGAAGCUGUCGGCCAGGAAGAACGGGAAUGGGUUGAGAAGCGAUGGGCAGACCUGAUGCAAAGACUCUGGAUCGGCAACAUCGACCGAGCCUGGGACAUUGUCAGGGAAAUUUGGACACGAAGGGACAGCUACGUGGGCGAGAAACAGGGUGUAUCUAUGGUCACUGAUAUGGAUUAUACUAUCCGCUCGCACAUUUCUUCCAACAGUAGCACUCCAGCUCCAACCGGAAUUGAAGACCCCACAAUGUUCCUCGACUUCCAGAAACUCAACGAGGACCUCAACGGAUCUCCAAGCCAGACAGAAAUGAUAUGGGCCGGUAGCGUUACAGGUCCGGAUAUGAGGAGAUCGAGUCCGACUCCAGGCACCAGGGUCAAGGGUCUGGAGAUGGACGAAUGGGAUUAUGAGACGUCAAUCCGAGGCCGAUUAUCUUGGGUCGGUCUGUGUGCAGAGUGGCAAUGGGAGAUUUUCAUUGGUUAG